AUUUUUUAAUACUGUGGUCUAUAGAAAGCAAUCAGAUUUUUCAAUCUGAUCAUAUUAAACACCUGUAACAAGAUUCUAAAAAAUAUUUUCUUAAACUACAGAAUAUUGCAUACUCGCUAGAAGGAGACUUCUUGUUUAAGCAUGCCGUGAUUUCCCUGUAAAGUGUCAUGUCUAUUUAUAGACCUGUUAACAAGAAAAUCAAACAUCCUUUACUUCCCGCGCGCGGUAAAUUAGAUAACGUCUAGACAUCCAGCCAUUGUGUUUUAAACAGCGGAUAAUUAUUUGUUGAAGAAUACGGAAUAACGUGAGAAAUAUGGAUAACUCUUCGGAAUCAAUGCAAUCUACUUCUAACAAGCAGUCAUGCUCGGACCAAAGUACAAACUUGCCAUCUCAUCAAAAGCAUGGUGAAAGUUAUUGGCAAGUAGGAAAACACCUGGAAAGUUCUUUGUCUUACAUGUACGAAAACAAACUGUGGACCGAUGUUGUUUUCCGAUGUAAGAAAAAUUUGGAUGACAAUACUACGGAUCGAGUUUUAGCACACAGAAACAUUUUAGCUGCAAGAAGCCCAGUAUUUGAAGUUAUGUUAUACGGAAAGUUUGCCAGGGAUGAAAUUGAACUCAAUGAUGUCGAGGCUGAAAUAUUCGAUCUUGUUUUAAGGUUUGUGUAUACUGAUGAAACUCCGCUCAGUAAUAAAAAUGCUGUUAGAGUACUUGAAAUUGCACACAGAUAUGAGUUGACGCCACUCGUUUCCUACUGUGCAGCGUAUCUGUAUUCUAUAUUAAAACCCAACGGUGCGUGUAUUAUGCUGGAGGCAGCAGUACAUUUUGAUCUCAAAACAUUUCGGUCAAAGGUACACAACUUCAUUGAUGACAACGCAUCAGAAGUUUUAAAAUCAAAGGGAUUUCUAGCACUGUCACAACAAUGCUUAGUCGCUAUACUGGAAAGAGAUACAUUUACUGUGGACGAAAAGGAUAUUGUCGAAAGGGCGAUGCAAUGGGCAGACCGUAUAUGCACUGAAAAGGGGACAGAAGCAACUGCCCGAAACAAACGUGAAGUUCUCGGACAGGCAUUUUUUCAAUUGCGGAUGACAACACUUAACAUGAAGGACUUCCUACAAUUUACCAGAAGAAAUAGUUACUAUACUAAGGAAGAAACAGAAGACAUAUGCGCAAGUAUCGUCGGUGAAUGUGAUAUAACUCCUUCUACUCACAACCUAGUUCCAAGAGUACCACGAAAAGUAAAAAGAAUAGUACCAGAUAAGGUAGUAGAUUGUAACACAAGGUUCAAUUAUGUAAACGAAAUAAUCUGCGUGGUCGAAGCUAAAGUAACCAGGAAAAUUCACAUUGAAGGCCUUACACUUAAAAAUGUGCUUCCAUAUAUUGGAAGUGUAGAAACAGAUGCUCUGUAUAAAGGAUGUAACAGACAAGCAGCUAAUGCACCACUGCCUUUGCAUGGAAAAAUUACGAUAGAAGGGUAUAGUAAUAAUGUAUCAUUUGAAGCCACACCUUCGAAAAACAACACCGUAACUUUAAAAAAAACGUUUUUUCUUCAACCGAGAGCGAAACCAUAUCGCAUGUCGAUAGAACUCACUUACAAGUGUAACAGUUAUAUUGUACUCAAAGCAACCCCUUCGACAAACUUCAGUAAGAAUGUCUCCAGGCCAAGCAGCGACAGUAACGGUGGAAAUACAACAACAACAACCGAUGUUCUGUUUACAUAUAGCGACACAUCAAAGCAUGUAAACUGUAUUAAGAGUGUCAAUGUACUAAACGUUCAACAGGGGUUGUUCCCUAUGAAACAAAUGUAAAUCAUUGGUUAGAACAGUGUGACUUUAGAAAAACAAAUCCAUUGACUUAAGUAGUUUGAAAAAAAAAAAACACAAAAAACAUUGUUACAUUAUGACAUGAAUUAAAGAAUCUAUCUACAAGGACAAUACUCACAGGAUGAAAAAGUAUGUCGAGCAAAUUGAUCUGCAACAAAAUCAUUUCUUUGACUGUAUUUUUAGUUCUAAAACAUAUUAUCAAUAUACUGGCUGUACCUGUGCAGUGUAUUUACUUUUUAGCUCACCUGUCACAAAGUGACAAGGUGAGCUUUUGUGAUCGCGCGGUGUCCGUCGUCCGUCCGUGCGUCCGUAAACGUUUGCUUGUGACCAUUCUAGAGGUCACAUUUUUCAUGGGAUCUUUAUGAAAAGUUGGUCUGAAUGUUCACCUUGAUGAUAUCUAGGUCAAGUUUGAAACUGGGUCACAUGCCAUCAAAAACUAGGUCAGUAGGUCUAAAAAUAGAAAAACCUUGUGACCUCUCUAGAGGCCAUAAUUUUCAAUGGAUCUUCAUGAAAAUUGGUCAGAAUGUUCACCUUGAUGAUAUCUAGGUCAAGUUUGAAACUGGGUCACAUGCCUUCAAAAACUAGGUCAGUAGGUCUAAAAAUAGAAAAACCUUGUGACCUCUCUAGAGGCCAUAUAUUUCACAAGAUCUUCAUGAAAAUUGGUCAGAACGUUCACCUUGAUGAUAUCUAGGUCAAAUUUGAAACUGGGUCACGUGCCUUUAAAAACUAGGUCAGUAGGUCAAAUAAUAGAAAAACCUUGUGACCUCUCUAAAGGCCAUAUUUUUCAUGGGAUCUGUAUAAAAGUUGGUCUGAAUGUUCAUCUUGAUAAUAUCUAGGUCAAGUUCGAAACUGGGUCACGUACGGUCAAAAACUAGGUUAGUAGGUCUAAAAAUAGAAAAACCUUGUGACCUUUCUAGAGGCCAUAUAUUUCACAAGAUCUUCAUGAAAAUUGGUCAGAACGUUUACCUUGAUGAUAUCUAGGUCAAGUUCGAAACUGGGUCACGUGCCUUCAAAAACUAGGUCAGUAGGUCAAAUAAUAGAAAAACCUUGUGACCUCUCUAAAGGCCAUAUUUUUCAUGGGAUCUGUAUAAAAGUUGGUCUGAAUGUUCAUCUUGAUGAUAUCUAGGUCAAGUUCGAAAGUGGGUCACGUGCUUCAAAAACUAGGUCAGUAGGUCUAUAAAUAGAAAAACCUUGUGACCUCUCUAGAGGCCAUAUAUUUCAUGAAAUCUUCAUGAAAAUUGGUCAGAAUGUUCACCUUGAUGAUAUCUAAGUCAAGUUUGAAAGUGGGUCACGUGCCUUCAAAAACUAGGUCAGUAGGUCAAAUAAUAGAAAAACCUUGUGACCUCUCUAGAGGUCAUAUUUUCCAUGGGAUCUGUAUGAAAGUUGGUCUGAAUGUUUUUCUUGAUGAUAUCUAGGUCAAGUUCGAAAGUGGGUCACAUGCGGUCAAAAACUAGGUCAGUAGGUCAAAUAAUAGAAAAACCUUGUGACCUCUCUAAAGGCCAUAUUUUUCAAUGGAUCUUCAUGAAAGUUGGUCUGAAUGUUCAUCUUGAUGAUAUCUAGGUCAAUUUCGAAACAGGGUCAUGUGCGGUCAAAAACUAGGUCAGUAGGUCAAAAAAUAGAAAACCCCUGUGACCUCUCUAGAGGCCAUACUUGUGAAUGGAUCUCCAUAAAAAUUGGUCAGAAUGUUCAUCUUGAUGAUAUCUAGGUCAAGUUCGAAAGUGGGUCACGUGCCUUCAAAAAAUAGGUCAGUAGGUCAAAUAAUGAAAAAAUGUUGUGACCACUCUAGAGGCUAUACUUUUCAUGGGAUCUGUAUGAAAGUUGGUCUGAAUGUUUAUCUUGAUGAUAUCUAGGUCAAGUUUGAAACUGGGUCAACUGCGAUCAAAAACUAGGUCAGUAGGUCUUGAAAUAGAAAAACCUUGUGACCUCUCUAGAGGCCAUACCCUUGAAUGGAUCUUCAUGAAAAUUGGUCAGAAUGUUCACCUUGAUGAUAUCCAGGUCAAGUUUGAAACUGGGUGACGUGCCUUAAAAAACUAGGUCAAUAGGUCAAAUAAUAGAAAAACCUUUUGACCUCUCUAGAGGCCAUAUUUUUCAAUGGAUCUUCAUGAAAGUUGGUCAGAAUUGUUAUCUUGAUAAUAUCUAGGUCAAGUUCAAAACUGGGUCACAUGAGCUCAAAAACUAGGUCACUAUGUCAAAUAAUAGAAAAAACGACGUCAUACUCAAAACUGGAUCAUGUGGGAAGAGGUGAGCGAUUCAGGAUCAUCAUGGUCCUCUUGUUUACUUUUUAUGUGCGUUUAAAUGUGUUUAUGACACUAUGCAGCUUGCCUUUGAACAGAGUUUAUUAUGUCGAUUUAAACAAUCAGUGUCUUUGGAGUAUCACGGAAUUUACAUUAUAUUCAUGCAGAACAGUUUCCGAUUAGGAACGCAGGAUGAAAGACUAUGUUUGUCUGUGUCAAACAUUUCAUAGUACCGUUGUGUUUUCUUUUAAAUCAUUUCCUGACUUUAUCACAGGUUCUACAUCUGCUAAACUUUCUACAGCUUAGAGUUAAAAUCAGUACAUUGUAUUAUGUAACUAUACAGUAAAUGUAUAUAUUUUAUAAAAUCUAUAUAAACAGA